AAACAAAACCUUUCAUACUGGGGAACAGAGAAGAACUACUCCCUCUUCCGCUACCACCUCACCCCAGGAAAUGGCUCUUCACCACGGGUGACCACAUCCAUCCUGUUUCCAUAGAAACACCUGGGAGGAAGAGGGUGGCAGGGGGAGUUGGGUCAUAGUUGCCUAACUGCGUGCCCCAUAUGGGCCCUGUUUAUGUCUUUCUGGGGACUGUGCCCCUCUCAGUGCCUUCCCAGCUUGCACCGAAGUGAUCGUCCCUCAAAGCGGGUAAGAACAGAGGCUGGUGGAGUAUCUGAAGAAACCAAGAUGUCUGCAGCUCUGGAUCAGCCUCCUGGGCAAGUGGAGGACCCAGUCAUGCCCCAACCCUCCCAGUGGCCCCCCCUUCUCUGUGGACCUUGCAUCCCCAUCAUGCUGGCCCUGGCCUUAGUGGCUGCUGUCUUCCUAUUGGCCACAGCUGUGCUGGCUGAACGCCUUUUCCGCCGUUCUCUCAGAUCAGAUCCUGGCGUCCAAGGGCCUAGCCUGGUCUGGCGCCCAGGGGGGGAGCUGUGGAUCGAGCCUUCGGGGACAGCCCAUGAACGAUCUGAAGAUUGGUAUGGUGCAACAGCCCCUCUUCUGCACUCCCAUGUUACUGAGCCCCAUUUUCUUGGGGGUACUUUGGAGGUCCAGGCCACAGCACCCCCCAUUCCAGAUUCUCCUCUCUGUCCCUCAGCUCCACCCCAGGCUCCUGAGUCCCCUGCCAGCACAUUCUGCAUAGCAAAUACUUGGGAAGAAAGGCCUCAGACUACUGGUUUGGUAGCUUGGUUUGAGCCACAGCCAGUCCCAGAGCCCUUACCCCCACCAUUUUAUGGCAUCCGAAGGCCCAGGAGCCCUGAGCCUGACUGGGGCCUACAGCCCCGGGUAACCCUGGAACAGAUCUCAGCUUUUUGGAGAAGAGAGAACAGGGUGCAUGGAGGCCCCUGAACAAUGGGGCAUUGGGCCUGCCCCACUCCCACCAAGCUUCCUACAGAGAAUUUCCUCCAUAUUGAAGGCCUAGAGGAAGCUGGACCUCCAGAGGGUCUUGUGAGACUGGGGGCCCAUGGACACAGGACACUGGACCACACCUUUGGAUCCUAGGCCAUCUCUCAGAGAAGAGAGGUAGGAUCUGGAAACGACAUUUAAGAAUUGAGUGCUGAACAUUUUUAAGAACUUCAAGACAUCUUUCUUCUGGACUCUGGGGAUCAGACUGGGCAUGGACAGAGCGCUCACUCAAGUAGAGCCAAAUGGAUCCCUAGUUCACCCCACGAUGAGGUUAAUCUCCUAAAGUGCCACCUCUAACUUGAAUGACUGGCAGAGGUGGGGCAAAUGCCAGUUGAUGCUAGUAUAAUUGUAAAGUCAUCAGGGCAAGAACAUCAGGUGUGUGUCAUGUAGGAAAUGGACAAUUCUCUUUCCCUCCUUUCCCUGGCGCUCAGACUCCCACCUGCUGUUCCUUCCCAACAGCUAGUCCCCUUAGCUAUGGUGAAUAGACCUCUUUCCAAGCAUAUCUAACCCUGUCUUCUAUAGGCAAAAGCAAUUUUAUCUUCAUAACUUGUAAAUGUGGAUACUUGUCAAUGUUCCUGUAUGACAGACAGAAGAUAAAUGGUUGACUCCAGUUCUAUUCCAGUUCUUAGGGCUAGAAGAGAUUUUAGAGAUUGUCAUGUCCAUCCAUCUCAUUUCAUAGAUGAAUUAAUCGUACCCUGAAGAAGAGGGAUUUGCCUAAGCUUACAUAGCCAGCUCAUGUCAACCCUAGGUCAUCUUUCCACCACAUCUUCAUGAAGGACAGAUGAGGGAAGGCCCAUACAAGCUAAGAUAAAGAUGGUAUUACGUGAGGAGGUAGGGAAGCUAAGCUAGGCCUGAGAAGGCUAGUUCAGGGAAGUGGUGGUGUUAGGAGGUGUUAUAUGGUUGGAAUUGAUGGUAGUGCCUGAGGGACCCUUACAUAGAGGACUUUCCUUCCUUGGAGAACAGGCAGCUGGUGAUGAUAACUGGUCUGGAUUCCAAAGGGGAAUUAAAGUAAAAAGAAGAUUUCUUCAAGAGGAACUCAAUUUGGCAAAAACACUUAUUCAUGUGCUGUGUGUUGAGGUCACUACACAGAUAAGAUGUGUGGUCUUUGUCUUCCAAUAGAUUAGUCUAAUAGAAGGAAUACAACUCAUGUACCUCAAUAAAUUCUAUGAUACAGGUU